GGCAGGCAGGCCCCUGCGUCCCCCUGAAGGGAGCACAGCUGAAGGAGUCAGGGCCAGGGCGGCAGCCCCUGCUCCGCAAAGGUGGGCAGGGUCUGCCCUGUGGGCAGCGGGCAUCUCUGGAGGUUCGCCAAGGGAGUGCCGUGUGGGUGCCCUGUGGAUGAGCAGGCUUGCUGGGCUCCUGGGGAGAGCUAGGAUGAAGCCACAUGACAGAGAGCUGCACGCGGCUCACAGGACGUAGCUGUUGCAGCCACCUCCCCAGUUCUGAGAAAUGCUACAGGCAGUGGCAGGACCCCAUGGUAGCCAGGUGGGUGAAGGGGAGCAGACGGUGCAGUGGCCUUGAAGAAGACGCCUCUGACCUGCUGUGCGCGUGACCAGGUGGCCCCGAAGGCAUGACCAUGGAUGCCAUUCACAUUGGCGUGUCCAGCACGCCCCUGGUGAAGCGCACUGCCAGUGCCGGGCCCAAGACCAGCAGGCCCCGGGUCAUGUCCAAGAGUGGACACAGCAAUGUGCGUAUCGACAAAGUGGACGGCAUAUACCUACUCUACCUUCAAGACUUGUGGACCACUGUCAUCGACAUGAAGUGGAGAUACAAGCUGACCCUGUUUGCAGCCACGUUCGUGAUGACCUGGUUCCUUUUCGGAGUGAUCUACUAUGCCAUCGCCUUCAUCCACGGGGACUUAGAGCCCAACAAGCGGAUUUCAAACCACACCCCCUGCAUCAUGAAGGUGGACUCCCUCACGGGGGCCUUCCUCUUUUCCCUGGAGUCCCAAACCACCAUCGGCUACGGAGUCCGCUCCAUCACGGAGGAAUGCCCUCAUGCCAUCUUCCUGUUGGUGGCCCAGCUGGUCAUCACAACCUUAAUCGAGAUCUUCAUCACUGGCACCUUUCUGGCUAAAAUCGCCAGACCCAAGAAGCGGGCGGAGACCAUCAAGUUCAGCCACUGUGCGGUCAUCACCAAGCAGAAUGGGAAGCUGUGCCUGGUGAUCCAGGUGGCCAACAUGAGGAAGAGCCUCCUGAUCCAGUGCCAGCUCUCGGGCAAGCUCCUUCAGACCCAUGUCACCAAGGAGGGGGAGCGGAUCCUCCUCAACCAGGCCACCGUCAAAUUCCACGUGGACUCCUCCUCCGAGAGCCCCUUCCUCAUCUUGCCCAUGACAUUCUACCAUGUGCUGGAUGAGACAAGCCCCCUCAGAGACCUCACCCCCCAAAACCUGAAGGAGAAGGAGUUUGAGCUGGUGGUGCUCCUCAACGCCACCGUGGAGUCCACCAGCGCCGUCUGCCAGAGCCGCACCUCCUACAUCCCUGAGGAGAUCUACUGGGGCUUCGAGUUCGUGCCCGUGGUGUCUCUCUCCAAAAACGGAAAGUAUGUGGCCGACUUCAGUCAGUUUGAGCAGAUCCGGAAGAGCCCAGAUUGCACCUUUUACUGUGCGGAUUCUGAGAAGCAGAAACUGGAGGAGAAGUACAGGCAGGAGGACCAGCGGGAGAGAGAGCUGAGAACUCUCUUGCUGCAGCAGAGCAACGUGUGACAGCGCGGCGGGGUCCCUGGGCUUGGCUGCCAGCUGCUUCCACCCGUGCUCCCUCCACAGGCAAGGUCACUGUGAACACGGACACGUCCGAAGGCACUAACUCUACAAACGACACAACAUCCCCAUCCGUCUUUUCCUUUGGCCUGGGAGCUGAAUGGACAUUUCCACCGUCGAGAGGGUUCCCUUGAAAUGCUUCAUUUAACCUGAACUUUCAAAAUUCAAAUCUUCCCAAAUGGGGCUGCGUUUCAAAGCACUUUGAAACAGGGCAACUGGAAUCCUGUCCUGCUGGAUGGAUGGACAUUUAGAAAUUUGACAUUGAAAGGUAAUGCAUUUCUAUGCGAGGAUAUGAGCUAUAAUAUAAGGUAUUUAUUCAAGUAUCAAAGACAUAUUGUUGCUUUAAAACAUUCUUUUUUUGAGCAGAGAAAAUGUUAUGUUCAGUGGGGUCUCUCUGGGCACCAUAUUAAAAGGGUCACAGGGACUCUAUAGUCACAAAACAUAGCAAUUCCAUUUUUACCUCUGCAAUGGAAUGAAAUUGACCACAUCAGGAAUUAACCGUCAUGAAGACACACAAAUGGAGCUGGUGCUGUUGUCCACACUGUCGUGGUUGGAAUGUGCUGGGCUCUUUCUAUUUAAAAUGGGGUUCCCAGACCAGCACCCUCAGCACCAUCCACAAGCUUGUUCACAGUGUAGACCCUCAGGCCCCACCUGGACUUACAGAAUCAGAGCUUGUGUCUUUACAAGCCCCCCAGAGGUGGUGAGAUCUCUGCGCUGGACCAAGUCUCCCUCCACCUCUGUGGGUCCAUGGCCACCUGGCCUGCAGGCCUGGCCUGCCAUCUUUCCUUGGUUACUGCGGCCAGUGUCCCUGCCAGCCAUUUCACUUCCUAUCAAUUAAACUGCCUUGUCUACAAAGGAACCACCACUGCCAUCCCAAGAGAAAAUGAAAUUUAUGAGAAAGUGGUUGACCCACUCGUGCUGAGUCCAUGCUGUUGAUUAGAUAUAGCACGAAAGAAAAAUUAAGCUGCACAGAACCCAGGAAAUUUGCUCAGAUGCUGAAGUCCCCAAGGUUGGAGGCCCCCAGGAGGAGACAAGCUGAGCAUGAGAAAUUCACACACGAGGGGUCCUCAGAGCAUGAGUGAGUGAGCUGAUCUGAUAGCAUGUGAACUCUUCACUCAGUAUUGAACCAAAUCUGACGCAACUCAGUGUCACCAAGGUAACAUGUUGCCUUUAGCAGAUUUUAGGAGCCUGUUAUCCUGCAUUUCUUUGGAAGCAGAGAAUACUUGGGCUAGGAUUGGCUAAAUGUGCAAAAGGUGAUUUCUCAUUUAAACCAAGUCAGAUUUAUGUAUUUUCUCAAGAAGAAUGUAAUGCAGGUGUGCACAAACACACCAGCCCACACAUACACUCACAGGCACUCACACAUGCCUACACAGACACCACAUGUAUAUACACAGGCAGACACAGACACAGACAUCACACAUAAAACAUGCAAGUACACAGACACCUCACACACAACCUGCAUGUUCACAGGCACACAGUGCAUGCACACAGACACACCGACACACAGUGACACACAUGCAAACACAUGCACACACAUGAGACAUGUCCUGUCUCUUCAAGCAUAAUGGUGGAAAUGAUUAAUGACAAACAUUCGUGAUCGAGAGAAAUCAAUGAUAAAUCCUCUCGUUUAUAUUUUCUUCUAUCAGAAGGAGCUUUGGGACUCAGAGCAGAUGGGAAAAGUAAACUGAAUAUAGGUUGAGUGACGUGGUGAUGUGAAUUACAGCCGAUCAGGUCCUAUCUUGAUGUUACCACAUUUUCAAAUGUUCUACCAUUGAGUGGAAAAUGUGGCUAAAACUCUGACCUUAAACUGGACACUCACUGCUGGUGUAAACAUAACAAGCGAAUGUUGUAAAGGUUUUAAGAACCAUCUCAAUGCAUAAGAGGAAGGAUUUUGCCUUUAAUUAUUGUCUUUUAAUAGAAUUUUUUUUUCUUUUUCUGUUGAUGAUUUUAUGGCAGGUUGUUUCAGAACCUCAUUCUCUUUUUAAAAAGUACAUUAGGGUAGUUAGGUAUUAGCUUUUUUAGUUCUUAGACAUAGUUUUUCAUACUGUGGUAUAAUCUACAGGAAAAUAAUGCCACAGACGGGUUUACAGUUUUCUGUUGCACUAUUCAAUUCUUUCCACAGUAUUCACAUCAGCGCUAAUUUGAAUGUGAUCCAGAUUAGAUGUCGCACACCUUAUGUCAUGUGGUAGACAAUGACUUAGCAUAAGAUUGAGAAAUCUUUUAUAUAUUCACUUAUCAACUUCAGUCAAAUUUGGAAAACUUGAUCACCUGAUUUUUGCACUAUGCACAGACCAAAUAUGCAAUGCCUUGAAAGCCAGUAUUUGUGUAAGUCAAUAAAUCUUAUUAUAGCAUAAUAUUCAAUGUAGCUCUGAGUUACAUCUGGCCUGAAACGAGUGUUUUUACAGACUUGCCUAAUUAUUUACUACUUUGUACAAAAUACUCUCAUGCUAACAUGCUAACAGAAGAUGCAGGAAGCAGAUAUCUGUGACCUUCUGAUUGGAAUGGAUUCAGCUCAACACCCCACUCUGAAGUGGAUGGACGAAUAGCAUGUUUUUGAACCAAAGAGUCUGCAGCAUUUUGAAACUUUUCUAAUACAUCAGGUCUUCUGUGUAAGGCCAUUCUAACAUGGCAUGUUCCAUUUGAGAAACCACAAAGUAAACAGCAAGUCUGUGUAAUCUGCGAGCCGUGUCUUCUUUCCGUAAUGAAAUAUGUUGUACUUACUCGGUACCUCCAGACAGCCAGCAGACGCUGACGAGCUGACCUCACCAUGAACCACCUUUGGGGAGGAGGUGGAUACGGGUUCCCUUUGCCUUUCAAGAGUAGAGAUUCAAGAAGACUAAACUAGCUAGUUAUGAGUAAAAAAUGCCAUCAGCUGGUGGACCAGAUAUUUAGAGGAGUUUAAACGACUAUUUGUUUGGGUUUUCUUUGAAUUAAAUGUUCAAUUUUCAUUGACUCUCCUUUGAUAGCAUCAAAAUGUAAAUUAGAUCAAUAAAAAUGUGACAGUCUCUGCCAUUCUCUUUUCCAUUACACUUUCUCCCUUGAUCAAAUCCUCCACAUCUGAUCAUCUGGAGAUCAUCAUGAUCAUCUGAAGAAAGAAGGAGGGAGAAGAAAAACAAACCAAGCGUCAGGCCUUCCCACUGGCAGCUCAGUCAGGGAGCACCCCUGGCCUUGGUUCGGUAUUUUGUUCUCAUGGUCAGACAUUUCACCUUGUGGCCUAACAAAGACUUCUAGGCCCUGGAGCUUGAUUUUCAUUCCUGCUAGACUUUUCCUAUUAAAUAUUUGGAAUAACUAGUUUUGAAUGUAAAUUAUUUUAUUAUAGCUUUCUGAGACACAAUUCUUUUAAUGAAAGAUGUUAGCAUUUCAAGUCUUGAUAUUCGAGGUCGUGGGAUGCACAUGAGCGCCAAUAUUUGACUUGAGAUAGGUCCAAGAUGCAUUUGAUUUUCUUCCCGUAGGAAGGCUUUUGCUGGAAAGUCUGACACUUAAUAUUUUACUUCUAAUUGAUGAACUACAUACAUUUUACCCUUUGUGCAUUUCAGUUCUUCUUUAAUCAGAACAAAUUGCCAACCAGUCCUUAGAAUUGUGGACAGCAGGAAAUAGUUUCUGCUCUCAGAGGGAAUGUGACUUCCGAGCAGAGGUAGCCUCCAGAAUUAGAAUUUGCAAUGAGAUUGUGAGGUUAGAACUUGUUGAGAUUAAAGGGAAAAGAGUUAUUUAAAUUCUGGAAGCACUGGUAUUUAUUAGCAAGCUCUUCUUUUCCUGUUGCGUCAUUUUGAUUUUCUUUUAAAGAAAUCUGAAACAAAGCCUUCUCUUGAGAUUAAGAAAUGUGUGAGAAACAUGUACAAAAAUACAAGCUCAUUGUUGAUGGAUGAGUCUUUCAUGUAAA